AUGGCCCUCAUCGGUGCUGGCUUAGAUGACCAGUCCUUCAGUAGUGACGAGAGUUACAACCACCUUUUCAUAGAGUCAGAGGGCACCACAGUCAAAGGCUUGUACUUCCAGCGUGGUAGGAUUCUCCGUGGACCAGAGGCCUCACGGCAGUUCGUCGAUCCUUGCAGACAGGCCCUCAUCAAUGUUGGGGGCAUCAGGUACACCUUCCCCUGGAGCACCCUGGAAGAUUUCCCCAAGAGUCGUCUGAGUCGUUUGCGCUUCUGCACCACCCUAAGGGAGAUUGCAGAGUUUUGCGACGACUAUGACUCGAUGCUCCAUGAAUUCUUCUUUGACCGUGACCCUUUUGCUUUUCGGACCAUCUUCUGCUUCCUGGCGAAAGGGAAGCUGCGGGUGCUGCAGGAUGUCUGCAGUGUAGCCCUGCACACUGAGCUGCUGUAUUGGGGGAUAGCCUUAAACGAUAUGGCGCCCUGCUGCCGUCAUCGUGUGGUCAGCUGUGUGGAGGCUGUGGCCCAGCACCAGCGCAGAGAGGAAGAGUGGCAGGAGAGAAGAAGAGCCAUGAGAGCACAUGUAGAACAGGGAAGUUUGUUCUACAAGCUGGGAGAAGCAGUGGAUAACCCUCAUUCAGGUUUAGCUGGGAAAGUGUUUGCCUUCCUGUCUGUCAUCAUGGUGGUGGUCACUGUGGUCGGCCUCUGCAUCGGCACUAUGACAGAUGGCCGGCAGGACGGAAACACGGGUGAAUGCUUGCAAACAUGCCGCACCAUGUUUGUGGUGGAAUCUGUUUGUGUGAUUUGGUUCACCUUAGAGUUUUUAGUGCGAUUUUUCCAUGCACACAGCAAGCUGGAGUUUGCCCGUGGCCCUCUCAACAUCAUUGAUGUGGCUGCCAUCUUGCCGUACUAUGUCUCACUGUUCCUGGAGCUCAGGGAUGAGUCAGUGCAUGAUAUUGUUGCUGGUGCAGGGAAGAGCACCUUGGAUAAACUGGGUCUAAUCCUACGUGUGCUGAGGGCCCUGCGUGUCCUGUAUGUGAUGAGGCUGGCCCGUCACUCUAUGGGUCUGCAGACUUUGGGACUGACCAUCCAGCGGAGCUUCACGGACUUUGGCCUGCUGCUGCUCUUUGUGUGCGUCGCCGUGGCUCUCUUCUCUCCCCUCAUCCACCUUGCCGAGAGUGAGCUGGCACCGAAUGCUGCCAAGUUACCCCACCUCUGCUUCAGCAGCAUCCCAGCGUCGUACUGGUGGUCCAUCAUAUCGGUGACCACUGUGGGGUAUGGCGACAUGGUGCCGCGCAGCAUCCCCGGCCAACUGAUGGCGUUAAUCAUCAUCUUGUCAGGGAUCCUCAUCCUGUCUUUUCCUUCCACAUCUAUCUUCCACACCUUUAACCGUACCUACACUGAGCUCAGGGAGGAGCGCAAGAGGCUGCAUAAGGAGGAGAUGGGGGCCGAGCUCGUCACUGAGGGUGAAGAAAGCCUGAAAGAAAGAGACACAUGGCCCGAUAACUAUUCAGAGACUGACUUUUUACCUGGUCUAGAGGAUCCUUACUAUCUCUUCAUGAAAGACAUUAAAGUGCUGGCUAAGAGCACAAUUCAUCAACCUCUUAUUUCUCCUGUAACUUGUUGA